AGUACUCGGUAGUUAUCAAUGCAUACAUUAUACAGUUUGUAUAGUCAGUAAUGCAAGAUGUGACGUAAAUGUGAAGAAGGUUAUUUCCUAUUUGUUGGGGUACUUUCGUUUUAUAUUCACAUAACAUGAACGCAUAAAAAUUGGCGUUGUGUCAACACUGGCGCGCUUCCUAGUAAAGAUCAACUGCCAACGGCACCACUGUGCAUUGGAGCUACCGACAGAACUGACAUCCAAGUGGGUCCGACAUGUUCUUCCUAAAUGUUGGUGAAAUUUUCCGAAACGUCCGAACAAAUCAAUUUUGAACUGAGGAUUUCCACAACAACAAACAAGCGUGGUAUUGUUGAUAAACACUGUGACAGAUGUGAGUCAUAUUUUUGUUGUAGACUUACAGGAAAGACUUCGAUAAACUGAUACGGAUUUUUUUGUGACAAUUCAAAAAAAUCGUAUGUUUAUACAUGUAUAUCUAUAUGAAAGAUUGCACCUUUACCUAGAUAAGUACUGAGGUCGAAUGCUGGCAUUGAAAACACUGUGAAAUAACACACUCGUUGUAUGACUAUUAAGAUGUUAACGUCGGUAAGAGAGGAGAUAGGCCUGGGAUCUCCGGACACGGAGCUCCUGGAGAUUACCGACCCGAGUCAGCAUCUCGACUAUGCAUUACUGCAGUCACUAAGUGACGAGAAACCUACUCCAUCAAUUAAACUGGACCUGCGCGAGAAAAUACGAAAACGACGUCAGUCAGAAGGCCUGGGAGAACUGGAGGUGAAUUUCGAAAACCAAAAGGAGUACAAAAUGAGACCAGAGGAGAUAACAAAACUUGAGACACGUAAGGCGCGAAACAGGAAGUCGGCGCACGCGAGUCGCGAGAAGAGGAAACAACAAGAGGAACAACUUAACAGGGAGAUAAAAGCUUUAGAAGACGAAAACCAGAGACGGAAGAACUAUGUCAUUAAUCUCCAAACCUUUGAAAGGAAGCUCCGCCUGAGGUUUGCUGAUCACCUAAUCCGGUGUAAGUCGGCGGAAGUGACGCGCCUCCGACAAGCCACCAAUAGUUUCCAACUCUCUAUGUCCGACACAGUGACUGUGGGUGACAGUGUCAACACCACCUGAGAGACUCUACACACGUCCCGACACAUACGGGUGAUUAUUACGUCAUCAGCAUUUGUUGCUUUCGUCAAAGUUUGUCAUUCUACAGUUUGGGACUAAUUCGCGCGACACCCUUUUGAGUUUCAACCACAAUGGAGUAAUGCAGGAAACUAGUACACGUAUCUUAGGAUUCUUAUCUUGAAGCUUGAAGAGUCACCUUCUGUGAAAUCAGUGUUUCAUUGCCUUCCUUGUGUACCUAGACUAUACAGCAAGUGCCACUACUAGUAGAUUUGUGUUUGGCUCCAGGAGUCAAAUCAAGGGAUAGUCCUGAAUAUUGUAAAACUUAUCCCAGGCGCGUAGCCAGGCGUACGCCAGUACGCCCGGGCUUCCACAAUAUUUUGUCAAGAUUUUUUUUUCAUUAGAUAAUUAACAAACAAAUAUUGUUUUAAUAAUAUUAUAUGAAAAUAUUGAAAUUCAUGUGGAUAGUUUCCCAUCAAACCCUACAAUUAAUGUAGGUCUAUUCAUCGGCGUCUAGAUUGUUUGACACUGUAUCCGAACGUCUCCAGGUGUCUAGAGAUUCUACAUAUAUAUAUAUGUUACGUCUUCAGCAUCGGACUGAUUGAUAUGUUGUGCGCCUCAUAUUGAAGGAGGCACUCAAUGAUGUUCUUUUUAGGUCAAACUAUCUGAUUAUAUAGAGCCUUGUACCCAAGGACUGGUCUCAUUUGGUUAGUUUAUAUCGACGAGGUAGCACUCUAAAGUAAACAAGACAAGCGGCUUUUACAAAAUGGACAAAAUCGGUGAA